UAUAUAUAGAAUGUUAGUCCGUUGUAAAUUAUUGAAUUUGUAAGUUGUUAUGACUUGUAAAUAAUAAUUUACAGUAUUAAAUAUAAUUAAAAGAAAAAAAAAGUAGAAAAAAGACUAUGUUUACCAAAAAUCUACACCUGUGUUUAGUUAAUUCCAUAUUCAAGAGAGAAAUACACGGCAAUGUAAGUUUAAUAGACAAUUGUAUCGAGGUUAGAAAUCGGAAUCCACGAAAUUUGGAACGUUUACUAAUAGCUAGGAAGCCUCAAGGAUAUCAUCUCGAAAAACAAUUUCGUAAUUUCUGGCAUAAAUUAGAAAUUUUACCAUCCCAACGUCAUGUAACCGUCAGAAUAGUACAUUUUAAAAAUGGUCCUGUUAUCACUGUGUCGAGUAAUGAAUGGGCACUUAAGAAAUUAUUGUACAGAAAAUAUGAUAGUAUGGCAUAUGUUGCCUUGGGACAAGUGCUGGCACAGCGCUGUUUAGAAAGUGGAAUAUGUGAAAUUUAUCACAAUGAAAGUAUCACUGAUAAAGUAUCAUUAUUAUUAAAAGAAUUAGAAAAGAACAACAUUAUUCUUCAUGAAUCCGAUAGGUAUAUUCAUCCAUUCCCUUGGAGUUUAUUCAGACCAGAAAAACCUUGGGAAACUCAUGAGUAAUACAAAUGUACAAUUGAAAUUAGUAUUUUUUUUUCUUCUUUUAAUAAAAUAUUUCAAGGGAGUGUCAUAAAAAGAAAAGUUGUUCAAUGUAAUUACAACAUACUUGGAUAAAAAAGAAAAGAAACAAUUUUAUUAAUUGUAAUGUAGAAGUAAUAUAAUGAAUUAAAAAUAUAUAUUUAGUUAUUUUUAUUUCAAAAACUUUGUAGCUUAAUAUACAUAAGAAAAGUAUAUAAGAAUUUGUAUGAUACGAAUUUGAGAUGUCUGAGAAUAAUAAAUUAUUCUAGAUAGAUUGUUUAUCAUUUUAUUAUGUAAUAAUAAAAACAAAUCCGUUUUUAACCGUCAAAUAAUGGAAAUAAUAUCCAAUCUUAUCUUCAUUGGAAAACUAUGUCAUUUUUGAUGUGUCUGCGACCAUAGAACAUUGCAGUGGAACAUUUUGUAGGAACUCUGAAACCUUAGUAACAAAUAGAAUAAAAUAGAAUAAUUAAAUAUAUUAAUAUUAAUUCAAGAUUUUAUUAAAUUUCAAAUGUAUUCGUUUUUGUAAAUUUUAAAUUAAUUUUCCUUACAGCACAAAGUGAAAUAUAUUUUAAUAAGUUUCUAAAAUUUUUAAGAUUUAUAUUAUUGAGCAAGCAUAAAUAUAAAGAUGCGUUUAUAGAUUACUUAAGUCAUUUCUUUAUUACAAUGUCUAAUUAUUCAUAAAUGACAAUAAAUAAAUUUUUAUAGUACGAGUC